AUGGGUCAGAACCUUAUCUUGAACGCCGCUGACCACGGCUUCACCGUUGUUGCCUACAACAGAACCACCUCCAAGGUGGACCACUUCCUCGAGAACGAGGCCAAGGGAAAGCCAAUUCUCGGUGCCCACUCUAUCGAGGAGCUCUGUGCUAAGCUCAAGAGACCUAGAAGAGUCAUCUUGCUUGUCAAGGCCGGCUGGCCAGUUGACAGCUUCAUCGAGCAGCUGUUGCCAUUCAUGGAGAAGGGUGACAUCAUCAUCGAUGGUGGUAACUCGCACUUCCCAGACUCUAACAGACGUUUCAAGGAGCUCGGUGAGAAGGGUAUCUACUUCGUUGGUUCCGGUGUCUCUGGUGGUGAGGAAGGUGCCAGAUAUGGUCCUUCCCUUAUGCCAGGUGGUGCCAAGGAGGCGUGGCCACACAUCAAGGACAUCUUCCAGUCCAUUGCUGCCAAGUCCGAUGGUGAGCCAUGUUGUGACUGGGUUGGUGAUGCCGGUGCCGGUCAUUACGUGAAGAUGGUCCACAAUGGUAUUGAAUACGGUGACAUGCAACUCAUCUGUGAGGCCUACGACAUCAUGAAGAGAGUCGGAAAGUUCUCCGACAAGGAGAUCUCCGAGGUGUUCGGUACCUGGAACAAGGGUGUUCUUGACUCUUUCUUGAUUGAGAUCACUACCGACAUCUUGGCCUUCAACGACGAUGAUGGAACUCCUCUCGUUGAGAAGAUCCUCGACUCUGCCGGACAGAAGGGUACUGGUAAGUGGACUGCUAUCAACGCUCUCGACCUCGGAAUGCCAGUCACUUUGAUUGGUGAGGCCGUUUUCUCCAGAUGUCUGUCUGCCCUCAAGGAUGAGCGUCGUCGCGCUUCUACCUUGCUUGCUGGACCAGAGAUCCCAGAUGACCUUAUCACCGACAAGAAGGCUUUCAUCGACGACUUGGAACAGGCUUUGUAUGCCUCCAAGAUCAUCUCUUACGCCCAGGGUUUCAUGCUCAUCAGAGAGGCUGCCAAGGAGUACAAGUGGGACUUGAACUUCCCAUCUAUUGCUUUGAUGUGGAGAGGUGGAUGUAUCAUCAGAUCUGUGUUUUUGGGUGAGAUCACCGCUGCUUACCGUGAAAACGCCAACCUCGAGAACUUGUUGUUCCACCCAUUCUUCAACAAGGCCAUCACCAAGGCUCAGUCCGGAUGGAGAAAGACCCUGGCCACCGCCGUUUCGGUUGGUAUCCCAACCCCAGCCUUCUCAACCGCGUUGGCUUUCUACGAUGGUUACAGAUCCGAGCAACUCCCAGCCAACCUGUUGCAGGCCCAGAGAGAUUACUUUGGUGCCCACACCUUCCAGGUGUUGCCUGAGAAGGCUAACGCCAAGUACGAGGUUGGCAAGGCCAUCCACGUGAACUGGACUGGUAGAGGUGGUGACGUCUCUGCCUCUACUUACGAUGCCUAA